CGUCACCGUCGUAUGUAGGUAUAAAUACAGGUGCUCCUGCUUCCAGAUCUUUGGAUACUCAUACACUUCCAUGGUAGGUACAAAAUACCAGUACUGUUGUUUGAAAAUCGAAACUUUCAAAUUGCCUGUUCAUUUGGGCAUCAAAUGCCUUCUUCAUUCUUCUAUGCUUUUCUUGCCAGAGCUUCCACCUUUUCUCCAUUCAAUACACCACAUAUUUCAUAGGUUACUAACACCUGCAUCAAGUGCACCAAAGGACGAUACAGCCCAACAAUUUGUAGAGGGGCUUCAUCUGAUUGGUGAAACCAAUAUCAUCUCUACAUCCCCUCGAACGCCGUUUUAUAUGCAGCCGCAGUAUUGCAUCCACCAUUCAUUCCAUGCUGGUAAGAUCCUCCAAUUGACCAUCUCUCCUUCUCGACUCGAAUGGAUUUUCCCGAACUUCAAUUCCUGGUCCUACAAAGUGUGCGCUUCGUCCGGAUGGAAAUACCUAGAUGCAAGUGUUAGCAUAUGCAACUUCAACUAACAAAUCGAAUGCGAGUAUUCUGAAAAAACCAUCCCGCAUGAGAACCAGUCCUGUUGAGAACAACGGACAUGUCCAAGUGCCCCUUGGUACCCUCCAAGUCAUAGAAGAUUAAGUAUAUACCUUGGUUCCUCCCCACCCAAGUCUAAAAGCUGCUUCAUGUGCAAAUAACUCCCCAAAUCCCAACAUAAGACCAUUGACGAACGGCAGGAAAAGGUUGAUGGCCGCCCCGCGUACGAGUCCCCAGAAUGUAGGAGGUGUAUAGAGAAUCAUCGGAGAGCUAGACGACGGCGGCGGAGAUGGUGAUAAUUCGUCAUUGGCAGAAUAUUGUUCCGAGUCCGAGGGAAUGGUCAAUGACGAUUCCGUCAUGGAUUGGACUUUUUCGGAAGACAUGAUGACCCUAUUCGUACGCCGAAGAGGUGCAACCAGUAACGGCGAGAUAGUUCCGUAGAGGGACUGUAAUCGAUUUUGACCUUGGUGUUGAUAUUGAUGUUGAUGCUUUUGGUGCUAGGACGCAAAUGUUCCAAGAGCCCAUUUCAAGGCGAGCUCCAGGGCUGGCUUGCUGGCAAGCUGCAGGUGCUGGCAAGGCUACGUAAGGCCACAAGGCCACAAGGCCACAAGGCUACAAGUACUUUGCCUUCACCCCAUUGGUGGUAGCCACUUUACUAGUGCGGGGUUGGGCGGCGCGGCUUGUUAGGGAGCUCACCUUCACCUAAGCUAGGUAUUUGGUAGUUGGGUAGUUAGGUAGCAGCAGCGGGACCUUUAGCUAUCCAUCUACACCUACAUAAAUCUGUCCGCCUCCCUACAAUACAAAAAAUUCCUUCCACUCAACAUUUCCAUUUUUGUCUUCUUCAACUUUUGAUCUUCCGUCACGCAAGACACAAUCAUGGCGGACAGUGCUCAUCACGAUGAGCUAAUCAACCAGCUCUGUGAACUCACAGGAGCUUCACCAGCUGAUGUAUGUUGAAGUUGAUGCUCUUCCAGUACUUUUUGCCGUCGUCUGUUCAAUACUGAUACCCUUCCUUUUAGGCACAACAAUACCUGGUCGCAAACCAAUGGGAUCUGUCUGGCGCUGCGACCGAAUAUUACCAAUCACAAGAGGAAGGCAUACAAACCGCCCAAGGUGGCCGAGAUGACCCCCAGGAAGCAGAAGCAUAUACUGGCCCACGAACACUAGAUGGCCGACCAGCUCCUGCAGCCAUCCCAAGUGUAGCCCCAACCUCAAGAUCUGCCGCCCCACCAAAUCGGGGGAAGUUUGCUACCUUGGAUUCUCUCAAUCAAGGCGGAGCAGGUGCUGGUCACGGUCAUGGCCAUGCUCACGAUGAUGAUGAUGACUCUGAUGAUGAGGAUUAUGAGAAUGAGCAACCACGGGAUCUGUUCACUGGAGGCGAAAAGUCUGGUUUGGCUGUUCAGGAUCCAUCAAACAAACAGAACAACCCAUCCAAGCUUGUAAAUGAUAUCUUGAAGAAGGCUAGAGCGUAAGUUAAUUGUGAUUAAACCGCUCAAGAUCAAACACUAAUGUAUCAUAGGAACGCAGCAGGAGGAGGUGGCGAACCAUCAUCAGCCCCAUCUUCCUCUCGUUUCCGCGGAUCAGGUCAAACUCUCGGUGGCGACGAUACCCCCUCCCAAAUCAUCCCAGACCCCAAUCCACGAGUUCCCGAAGUAGAAGCUCAAGCUCGAUCCCUACACUUAUGGCAAGAUGGAUUCAGCGUUGGUGACGGUCCACUCUACCGAUUCGACGACCCUGCAAACGCAUCCUAUCUCCAAAAGAUCCGUAACGGCCAAGCACCUACCGAUUUAAUGGACGUUUCCAUAAAUCAACCCGUCAAUAUCACCCUUAUCAACCACGAUGAGAAUUACAAGCCUCCUCCCAAGGUCUACAAGCCAUUCUCUGGGGGUGGUCAUAGAUUGGGAAGUCCUACCCCUGGUGCCUCUUCCGCAGCGACCUCUUCUAUCACCCCAGUAGCUGCCCCCUCCGCCGCAACUUCAACCCCAGCACCCGCAGAUGACGCUUCACAAGGAAGUCUUCGAAUCAAUGUACGACUUGCUCAAGGUCAAAUGUUGCGAGCACGAUUCAAUCCUACUGAUACCAUUGGAGAUAUCUACGAUUUCAUCGCAAGAGCUCCUUCAGAUGAUGCUUCCAGAGCAUGGGUGUUGAGUACCACGAUGCCAAAUGUCAAUCAUACCGAUAAGACCCUUCAAUUGGGCGAUGUAGAUGCCUUCAAGCGGGGAGGAGUUGCGAUCCAGAAGUGGGUAUGAAAGGGUUACAGGGUAGGGGAUUGGGGGAAACGAUGGAAGGAUGGAUAGGCAAUACGUAUAGUAUCUUCACAAGCAUAUUCAUGAAAAUGGAAAAUUCAUUGGGCCUUUUUUUUCUUUCUUGGCUCUGGCGUUUAUGGAUAGGGAGCUACAGUAGCAGAGGAGAGCCGAUUUGCAUUUUCUAAUUGAUGGAUGAUGGAUGGAUGGAUGGGAACGUGCUGGGUUAGCUAGGUUACGUUAACUGCUUGAUAGAUGGCCAUAGAUGAGAGCACAAAUAUGAAUUGAGAUGUACCUAGGUGAAUGGAUUCUAAGUGCUGAGUAUCAGGAAACUAUCUUGAGACUUGUUUGUGAUAAUGUGAAGGGG